GUGCGCCCGCGGUGCGGCUCCGCCCCUCUCUUGGCCCCGCCCCCUCAGCCAGGCUCAGGUGCACCGGCCGGAAGUGCGCUCCCCUCCCAGGUGAGUGACUAAACUUUCCGGGUCACGUGAGCGGGCGGAGCCGGCUGGAGUCGGACCCAGCGACCGACAGACGGACGGACCGAGGGUUCGGAGCGACGGACUCGGACCAGGAACCGCAGCCACGUCGAAGACGCCGGGGGCCAGGUGCCGGGUUGCAGGGACCUCCGACCCGAGAUGCGCUAGGAACUGAGCGCCCCGUCCCCGGCGCCACCCGCCCGUCGCCCGGCCCAUGGCGAGCCCCAGCUUGGGGCUGCUCCUGGCGCUCGGCCUGUCCCUACUGCCCGCCUGUCGGGGCCAGGCCUGGGAGCGAAGUCCCCCCCUUAAUUGGAAACAGCACCAUCACGCCCACCAGCCCUGGCUCCAAUGGGGGCCUGUCCCAGGAGGCCAUCAUCGCCAUCAUCGUGGUCUUCUCCAUCCUUGCUGCCCUGCUCCUGGCCGUGGGGGUCGCCCUGGUGGUGCGGAAGCUGCGAGAGAAGCGGCAGACGGAGGGCACCUACCGGCCCAGCAGCGAGGAGCAGGUGGGUGCCCGAGCAGCACCGCCCCCCAACCUCAAGCUGCCUCCCGAGGAGCGGCUCAUCUGAACCCCGGGGGCCACCGCCGCCACCGCCAUCAUCACUGCUAAAAAGGACUGCCCCGAGCUCGCUCACACAUAGCAGCCGCAACCAAGAGGCCGGCCUCUGACACCUCAGGAGGACUUGGGGGGCGGGGAGCCUGGGGGCACCCCCCGGAUGGGCUCAGUGCAGCAUGCUGCCUCUGGCUUGACUCUGCCUGGAGCUGGGGGUGCCUGGGCUGGGGACCUGCCUCCCUGCUUGCUGCACAGUCUUCUCCGCCUCUGUUCUAUGACCAUGCCGGCCCUACAGCCCCCUCUCCUUUCCUUUCAGUUGUCCCACGCAGCUGAGGCCCGAGCCCCCCAGGAUUCGAAGGAGACGGUGCGGGGCUGUCUGCCCAUCUAGGUUCCCCUCCCCCAUCCUUGCCCCUUUCUUGCUGUGUGACCUUGGAGCAGGCAGCGCCCUCUCUGGGCACCUGUGAGAAUAGAAGGGUUGAAGCUGCUUCAAAGGCUGAAAAUUUCUGCCCCUGAGGCAAGGGAGGGUAGGGCUGCUCUUUUUUUUUUUUUUGUAAAAUUGAUAGUGAGAAAAAUCUCAUUUUUUUGAGCUGCCAGGGGCAGGAAUUAGUCCUGAUGCAACAGAUAAAGCCAGGGCUCUAGGCUGUGAAUUUCCUAGGGGCUGGGAGAGCUUCCUAGAAAGGACAGCCUUUUAGCUGCACCCAGGGGGCAGCAAGAACCAGUUCCAGGAAGGAGUGUGGCGGCUGGGGGGCAGGUUUCUGAGCAGAGACAGAGAUUCAGAUAAACUCACCAGGAAAAGCUG